AGGAGGACCGAGGGAGGGAGGGAAGGAACAGCAGACCCAGAGCAGCCUCAGAUGCUUGGAAUAAUUCCGCUUCCGUUGGGAAUAGGGACGAGCCCGCUGGUGACUGAGUCGAGCGAAGCCUCUCCGCUUUCGUUUCCCCCCCCACCACCAGGCUCGGCCGCCUUUUGGUAGGAGUCACCGCCAUGGCAACCUCUCCUCAGAAAUCGCCUUCUUCCCCCAAGUCUCCGACCCCCAAGUCGCCCCCUUCCCGGAAGAAAGACGACUCCUUCCUCGGGAAGCUCGGAGGCACCCUGGCCAGGAGGAAAAAAGCCAAAGAAGUAUCUGAACUACAGGAAGAAGGAAUAAAUGCCAUAAAUUUACCACUCAGUCCAAUUCCUUUUGAAUUAGAUCCUGAAGAUACUAUGUUAGAGGAAAAUGAAGUUCGAACAAUGAUUGAUCCCAAUUCAAGAAGUGACCCAAAACUACAGGAGCUAAUGAAGGUAUUAAUAGACUGGAUUAACGAUGUAUUAGUAGGAGAAAGAAUAAUUGUAAAAGAUCUGGCUGAAGACAUGUAUGAUGGACAAGUACUGCAAAAACUCUUUGAGAAGCUUGAGAGUGAGAAACUCAAUGUGGCUGAAGUCACACAGUCUGAAAUAGCUCAGAAACAGAAGCUACAGACAGUACUUGAAAAGAUCAAUGAAACCCUUAAGCUUCCUCCAAGGAGCAUCAAAUGGAAUGUGGACUCUGUCCAUGCAAAAAGCCUGGUUGCAAUACUGCAUCUUUUGGUUGCAUUGUCGCAGUAUUUUCGGGCCCCCAUCAGGCUGCCAGAUCAUGUGUCUAUUCAAGUUGUGGUUGUCCAGAAACGAGAAGGAAUCCUCCAGUCCCGACAGAUCCAAGAGGAAAUAACUGGCAAUACUGAGGCAAUGUCAGGACGGCAUGAACGAGAUGCAUUUGACACACUGUUUGACCAUGCUCCAGACAAACUCAAUGUUGUUAAAAAGACUCUUAUUACUUUUGUGAAUAAGCACCUCAAUAAGCUGAAUCUGGAAGUUACGGAACUAGAAACCCAGUUUGCAGAUGGUGUAUACCUGGUGCUGCUGAUGGGUCUUCUUGAAGGUUAUUUUGUGCCUCUUCACAGCUUUUUUCUAACUCCUGACAGUUUUGAACAAAAGGUACUCAAUGUCUCAUUUGCAUUUGAGUUAAUGCAAGAUGGAGGGCUGGAAAAACCAAAACCAAGGCCAGAAGACAUUGUCAACUGUGACUUGAAGUCAACACUGAGAGUGCUCUACAAUCUGUUCACCAAAUACAGAAACUUGGAAUGAAGAAAAGCACAUCAGGAAGCCACGGGUGGCAAAAUUGGAACCAAACAACAAAAAAAGCUCUCCUUUCUUUGCAGUCAUUCUCAAUUUACACUACGCUUUCUUGAAAAGAAAGGGCACUGUUUCUUGGAAUGUUCUUGGUUGUUAAAUUUAAAUAUUUGUAUUAGGACAAUUUGAAUUCAGAAAUAUUAGAAAGUGAAAUCUACCGGAAAGUAAUAGGUUUGAUUGGGAAAAAGCAGGUUGCUAUAUGAAUUAACUCUUGGUUUUAACUGUCUUUUAAUUUCUUAGAGAAUAAGCACCAGACACAAAUCCUGAUCCACAACCAAGCUAAGCUAAAUUACUGCCAAACAGAAAUAAGAAUCUGCUCCAAUGAGCUAUUUGGAGGAAACCUCAUGCACACUGUUUUUAUGUAUCUGUAGAGGGUCUGUUUCCUUGUGCAAGACACUGUUUCAUUUGCCCAAGCUUCUCUAGUGCUUCUCUCUUUCGUCACAGGGUUCCUCCCUGCCACACUAAAGACAUAAUUAGAAACCCAGACUCUGACCGCAUUGGGCUUUUUCAUCAGUACUGGAGUUGAAACAGUGUUCUAGUCUAUAGUAUUUUCCCUUAUAGUCACAGAGGUCAUGACUGAUAGGAAUAAUGCCCCCCUUACUUAUAGCAGCACCCAAAAACUUUUAGCAUUCAUGCCACAAAUUGCUCUUUAAGGUGUAGAUCAGUGGUUCUCAACCUGUGGGUCGGGACCCCUUUGGGGGUCGAAUGACCCUUUCACAGGGGUCGCCUAAGACCAUAGGAAAACACAUAUUUUCAAUGGUUUUAGGAAUAAUUUUAUGGUUGGGGGUCACCACAACAUGAGGAACUCUAUUAAAGGGUCACAGCAUUAGGAAGGUUGAGAACCACUGGUGUAGAUGGUCCGUAGAAUGAAAUAAGUUGAAAUUUGUCAGUUUAAUUAAUUUAUGGAUUCUACUGUACACUCUCUCUCUCUUUCUCUCUCCCCCCUCCUCCCUGCAUGCCAAAUGUUUAUUUGGGACAAAUGAUUCAUUUUAUUUAUGAUUCAAAGGAUAUGAAGGGAAGGAAGGAGGGGAAGGAAGAGAGAGAGAGACGGUGUAUAGUUUGAUGAUGCAAAUAAAACAACUUGUGUCACUAUAAGGGGCCAACUUUUUGUUCCCAUUAUAUACAUUCCACAUAUUUUUCAUUCCUAUAAAGUCUGCAUGAAUAUAUGCAACUGUGCACUUAAAAUAAUAUACAGUAUAGUAUCUUUGGUGGUAAAAUACUCUUGUUUACUUGCAAAGACUGAGGUACGAAAUAUGUACAUACUUUAAAAGUGUGGAAAAUAUACAGCAAGACAGUCAGUACGGUGCUAUAAACAUUGGAAAUAUAAAUAGGGUUAGUUCUGCCAGGGUACUGAAAGAAAAUAAAAAUAAGCUUUGUUUACUUAAUGAAAAGGAAAGAAUAUAAUUGAUAAUAGUAAGAUAGAAGGUUUAAAGAAAUACAAAAGAAAUAACAAAAACUCAGAAAGAGAAGUGUUUAUGUUUAACUUGUUUUCUGAAUACCUCAGAUGAAUGAGAAAUUCUAAACAUUUACAGAAAACCAGACAAUGCUGUACUGUUGGUUUUGAGCAACAGAAUUAGCUUAUAUACAGAUAAAAGUAUAAAUUUUUAGUAUAAUAUAUUUUUAUUCAACUUGAUUUACACUUAUUUUGUACUGAAAUUUUAGAGCAGUUUAAAAAUGUAUUCUCUGUGGAAAAUGAUAAAUGUAAAAUAAUACUCUCUACAUAUUUUAUAAAGUUAGAUUCUGAUUUUGAAUAGAUCUUUCAUUUAGUGUCUUUAGGUAUUACACAGUAACUUUGUUUUUGUAGUUCAAAGAAAACUGUUCACGUGAUAUAAGGUCAUGCCUUUUGCCUUCCAGAAGCUGAGACAGUAUUCAAGGGCCCAGAUCCAAUUUUAUCCAAAACUUCACUUGUAGUAAAUUUGCCAUGAGGUAUUUUAGAGGGUUGCUCAAAUUACUAUAAGAAUUGUUUUUGAGCGGUUAUAUGCCCAAGUAAAACCUUUGUUCAUAUAUUCGAAUGUGAUUUGUUGCAUGCCAUUUUUCCUUGAAUGAGGAUUGUGAUAUAGAUGAUAUAUAAAAUGUGUCUAAACUAUUUUAUGAUAUGUUGAAGGGGACUAGUUUUCUAUGAAUUCUUGAUCCUUGAACUUUGCCCAUUGUCAGGAGACAGGAUUUUAUGUUUAAGAUUCAGAGAUAUUGAGUAGACCCUAGCUCAGCAAGUGACCAUUCUCUAAAAUUCUUUUGGAUAUUGGAUUCUGGAUUUAUGUUCAGUUUGAUUUAACCUCCUUGAACACCAACAUGUUUCGCAGAAGCUCCAGGGAAAAGCUGGAUGCUGAAUGCUUACAUUGCAAAAUCAAAGUUAAUAUCGUGAAGAGGAAAAGGUUGGAAUAGCCAAGAAAAGCAACAAUUCCUCACCAAGUCAUUAUUUAUGCUAAGUAAGGGGGAAGGGGGAAGUUACAUCAUGCCAACCAUUUAUGAUCCUUUUUAAAAAAAAAAAAAGAAAAAAAAAAGCACAACAGUGACAAACUUGAACUCUUGUGGCCAAUCUAGCCAACUUACACAAAAUGCAAACAAGCAAUUUUUUAAAAAAAAAUCAAUUCUCUCAUAAUAGGAUAACAUUUUCAAUGUAAAAAUGAAACAAUAAGCAUCCCUUGUUAUUAUUGGAUACAACUUAACUGUUUAGUUUUAUAAAUAAGGUUUGUGUUUUAUCCACUAAAGGGAUAAAUUCUUGAAAAAAAUUUAAUUAGUCAGCAAAAAGUAAAGUAAGCAAAAUUGUACCAAAAAACCCAAAAAGCAUCUUUCCAUUUCUAAUCAGACCACGUAGAAACCAGUAGUUGGUGUGUGUAUGUGUGGAAACAGUAUUAUAUUGUAAUUUGAGUUUCUAAGUCAGGGGUCAGCAAUCUGCGGCUCUAGAGCCGCAUGUCGCUCUUUCAUCCCUCUGCUGCAGCUCUCUGUCACUGGUCGGCUCCACAAUUGAUAGGGCUUUCGGUUAGGAUAGGUAGAGGAAAAAGGACGCCGUGCUAGGAGGAGACUCUAUGGUGGGGGAAGUGGACUUCCGGUCAGCUCCAGAAUUGAAUGGGGGCUGCCGGUUAGGACCUUUGUGGAUAUUUGAGUGUUUAAGGUUGCCGACCCCUGUUCUAAGUGAAAGCAGAACUUUCAGUUAUGCAGAAUUGCAGCAGCUUAAUCUACAUAUAUGUUAGAUUAAGAAAGUGAAGUGGAAUUCAACCCACUCUAUUCAUGUACUUCAUUUUCCCAGAUAUAUUUCUGAAGAAGUUUUGUCAAUUGUAUCUCUGAAAGGAGACUACAUAGCACAAACGCACCUGGUUUCUCAUCAGACAAGAGUUAUGUUUUCCUCUUGGUUCAAGAUGAUGGGCUAGAUAUAUAGCUGUAUGUUCUUGGCAAAUAGGCCCCUGUGAUACAAGGGGGAGGAAGCCUAUAUAUCCAUAAUAUCCAUGCUUGAACAUCCCGAGUGCAUUGCCUAACUUGAAGGUGCUUUCUGCAAAUUGUGAUUUUGUUAAUUGUGUUUUCUUAUGAACUUGUCAAACCACAAAAUGAAGUUUUUGAAGUGCAUUUUGAUCAAAAUUACAAACUAGGUAUUUGAUCAACAAAUGACUCAUGGAUACUGAGUUCCUUCCAUUUUCAAAUCUACAAGUGGUUGACAAUUGAAGGUGCUUUCUGUGAUUUUGCAAAAUGCGUGGAUAUAUUUCUUGCAAGUUAUGUUUUAACUGAAGAGCUAUUUCUAUAUUAUAAAAAUAUAUAUUAUGAACAUGCAGUUGUUUGAUAAUAUUCAUACCCAAGCAUUACAUAGCUUACAUAAAUUGAACCUUCCUUAUAUUUCUCAUGGAGAUAUAUUAUUGCUAUGAAGGUAAUAUGCAACAGAACCUAUAGAUUAUAUCUGAUAUUUAUUGCAUUUGAAAAAAUAUAGGAAAAACAUACUAUUAUGCUAACAGCUUCAUUUCUGUAUCAAAUGUAGAUUUCAGAUCUAUUAAAAUUCAUGUUUACCUAAAUGCAUACAUUUGCCAUGUUUCUCUGAUAAUUGAAGAUCUGUUUUAUAUAGGAUCUCUCUCUCUAAUUGUUGUUGAAGUUGAGGAAAGCUUUUGGACCAACCCUGCCUAACCUAUGAUAUCAAUUAUUUUUCUUGCUGUUCAGCAAGAUAAAUAUAUUAAAAAUAGUGUACUUCUAUGUAGGAUUAGCCUACUAAUCAAUUAGUAGGAUUGAUUUUGAAAACUACAGACCUAAAGGCUGAUGUGAAGAAAGGGAAGAUUAAAUAAGAACCACUGAAGUACUGGUAAAUGGCUAUGGACUUUUUUUUGUUUGUUUGCAGCUUCUCUUUCCUACUUAGUGAACUCCAUGGCUACGGGUGUUGUGGCCCGCCAGCGGCCUGCGCGGAUCGUGGCUGAUCCCGAUGACAAGGAGGCUGGUGUGGUGUCGCGCCAGCAGCCGGUGCGGUCGGCGCUCACGUUGGACAGCGCGGAGGCUAAAGAGGAUGUGGUGCCAGAGACUCAGCCAGGGCCUUCAGAACCUCCAGAGGCUCCUUCAAGUGGAGAGAGCAAAGUGGAGGAGCCUCUCCUCAAUGCUCGAGCACGCAGGGCUGCCAAAAGGCAGGAGUGGCUACUCAGGAGGAGGAGGUCACCUCGAGAGUAAGGCUUGAGGAUAAUUGGCCACUCCCUUAGUCUAUUUAAGUCACACACCAUUAGUAAGUUUCUUGCUGGAAACAACUUGUAAUUAUCAUCAGAGCAUUUCUGGAAAAGUCUUAUCAUAUCUUGUUUUCUGGGCUGGUUGCCAGACUUUGGUUUAUUCUCGCUACUUAAUAAAUUUGAUAAGGACCGUUGGUGUGUGUCAAUAUCCUUGGGAAUCCGGAGCUGGGGCAGAACAACGGGACCAUGUCUAGCUUAUAUAGACUCAUAGCUUAUGAAGUACAAAUUUUUGAAUUGAUGCCUCUGCAUCCAUGAAUGCCACAGUUUGCACAUUCCUAUCACCUUGAAAAUGUGAUUGCUCUUUGGUGCUCUCUGAGCUUGCUUGUUUUCUUGCAGACGUUUCAUUACCUAAACUAGGUAAUAUCAACAGUGCUAUAAGGAGUGCAGUUUGCUGUCAGCUUUAUAUUCUGGUGAUUUGCGUGUCAAGUGUUCCUAGGGGUGGUGACAGGCAAGCCACCAGAAUAUAAACCUGACAGCAAAGUGCACUCCUUACUAGCACUGAUGAUGUUACUUAGUUUGGGUCUAAGUAACCCAAACUAAGUUUGGGUUACUUAGUCUGCAAGAAAAAACAAGCAAGCUCAGAGAACACCAUAGACCCCUCAUGUCAACCCUGAGCUACAAAUAUUCUCCUUUAUUAAUAUAAUUGUUAUUAUUUCACAGUUUAAUGGCCAUGCAUUUACACAUAGUAUUGGGAAGAUCAGAAUUUAAAUCCUAAAAAUCUAGAGUUAAAUUCAGUGUGUCGUGAACAGGUUUCUGUGCACAAGAUAGUCUCAUCUCUCACUUUUGCUUUUGUGAUGCUGCAGUGGUUUCAGAAAUUCUUUGCUGCAGAUUCUCUGAUUGUUUGGGGGGUGGGAGAAACGUUUUCAGCCAAUGAUAAGGGAAGUGAAGAGCCAGAGAUCAGAGAAACACUGUGAAAGUGCCCUUGACACCCAAGGCUGAGAAAUGAGUGUCAAAAAGUCUGUUAUCACAUAAAGGCAGAGGAGACACUAGAACUGAAUAAAUAUAGCUAGAUUCCUAGAUUCUGCAGUAGCUGAUCUUCACUAUAAGGACUUUGGCAUCUGCAGUAAAGCCAGCUUAUCUAUUUGAGUCUUGUGCUUGACUCCUCUGCUGCUAUUUUCACUUAUCUAAUGCCCAUUGUCUGAAAAAAACUAAAUUUUGUAAGCAGGUUCAGGCAGAUCCAGUACUGAGGCAACAUUGAUUGACCUUGUUGAUGAUCUCUAGUAGGUUUGGAAUGGGAUGGUACAUUCAUCCUGGCCCUUCUUAGUUUCAGUAGCCUUCACUGCUAUCUCCGGCUCAGGGGAUUGGGAGUGAGAAGUACUUAUUACAGUGGUUCUUCUUUCUCCAGGGUUGGUCCCAGUCAAUGGUGUUGGAGUGUAGAAGUUGAACCUGAGACCUCUGCUCUGUGGCAGGCCUCAGGGCUUUCCUGUCCUCCCACUCCUAUUUAACAUCUACCAGAAGCCACUGGGUGAGGUCAUGCCAUUUUGGGGUUCAUAUUAUCAGUAUGCUAAUGAUACCUAAUUAUAUCUUUCAAUCUCAGGCCAACCAAGUGAUUCUGCUAUCUCCAGUGGCCUCCACCAAGCACCUAAAGGCUGUGGGGAUCUGGAUGGGAGAAAUAGGCUUUGGCUCAGGCCUGGCAAGACUAAAUGGCUAUUGGGUUUAAGCACCUACGUCUGGAGAUCUCCUGUCUUUAACUCUGCCUGGCAAUGCAUUUUCCCAAAUGGAGUAGUUCAGAAAAUGUGGGGGUCCUUUUGGACUCGAUUAUGGCUAUGGAGAUGUCUUCACAGUUUUGUCUUCUGCAACAUUUAUACCAGGGGUGGUAUUCAUUUACCUUUGCUACCAGUUCGCAAAUGUGAGCGCGUGUGCGCAGGACCUUCUGCACAUGUGCAGAGAAUCAAAAAUGGGACGUGAUUAUGUCUGGGCGGAGCCUCCCGUCACCGCCGCUACCGGUUCGCCCAAGCCGGAUAGAACCGGCUGAAUACCACCACUGAAUUAUUACCCAUUCUCAGAUCACAGUGAUUCAUGCCUUAGUCGCUUCCUAUGUAACAUGGUCUAUAUGGGACCUCCCUUGAAGAAUUUUCAGCAGCUGCAGCUGGUCUGGAAUGAUGCAGUAGCACAAUUAAAUUUGGUGUUACUUAUUACAGCUAUAUAACACCGCUGCUGUGCAAGAUGCACUGGUUUUGAGAAGGUUACUGCGUACAAUGCUUGGUGCUUGCUAUCGCCUAUAAAGCCCUACAUUUGCUAUUUGCAGAAUCACCUCUUGUUUCUGCACACCCCAGCAGAUCUGACAGGGAGGAUGGGCUCCAAGUCCCUUUCAUCAAGCAGUAUCAUCUUUUUGGACCCAGGAGCCAUGCCUUCCAUCUGGUAGUGCCUAUCCAAUGGAACAGCAUCCCUGCAGAGGCCCAGAUGGCUCCAACCCUGUUAGUUUUUUGUAAGGCAACGAAGACCAGGCUGUUUCCCCAGGCGUUUGGGCUACGUUAGGUAAACUCUGGUGGUAAGGCUGCUUUUAUGACUUUGGUUUAGUGUUUUAACCUCAGGUAUCAUGGCAGUGUUGUUUUUGCUUUGUUCGCUGCCCAGAGUUACUAGUUCGAGAUGGGCAGCCUAUAAAUCAUAUCAAUCAUAUCAAUCAAUCAAUCAGAUAGGCUAAAGAAACUUCCUGACAAGAAUAUUGUUCCAGUUUGAAAGCACUCCUGAACAUCUGUGCUGCUAUAAUCUUGGCUGGGCUUGAGAACUAAACCAAUUUAUUUCUGGCUCAGCUAGAGUGUGUUUGAAACUGCUGUAAAUCUAACAUUUUCUUUAAAAUGCUACAGCUUGAUUUAGCUUCUGUAGAGCCUCAAACCUCCUCCCAACAGUUGGGCUUUGCAGAUCUUUUGAAGAGAAGGGUGACUUGAUAGCUGUGCACCUCCCCCUCAGAAUAUCCACUCAAGACUAUUUUAAAAGACGAAUGUAGCCAACCUGAGGAGAGUUAUGUAAACUUCAUUUUAUCAUUUUGUGAGGAAAGAGAGUUGAGAGUAUUUUGUUCGAGGGCAAUGACUGUUCACUCUGCCUCAGUCUUGUAAAGUUGGCAGAACCUGCUUUUGAAGAUCGGGGACUGAAAAAUUGGAACAGUAUGGAAAUGCCCUAAAUUAGCGGAGUUACUGGUUUAUGUAUUUAUCCUAUUUUUCCAGCUGUUCUUCUGCCACAAUAAUCUGCCAGCACUGUAAGUUCAUCUUGUGGGUAGAGAUAGAUAGAUAGAUAGGUAGGUAGGUAGACAGAUAGAUAGAUAGAUAGAUAGAUAGAUAGAUAGAUAGAUAGAUAGAUAGAUAGAUAGAAGGAUGGAUCGAUGGAUGGAUACGUAGGUAGGUAGGUAGAUGAGAGAGAAAUACACACACACACACACGUAGGGAUUUUGAUACAGCAAGUUUAUGAGCCUGAUUUGCUAAUCAAUUAUGGUUGUAUAUAUAUUAAGAUAAAAGACAAUCAGUGUAAUUGAUCUUGGAUUAUUUCAAAAACAGACCUUUUCAUUGAUAUUUCAAAUUAUUAUUCUUGAUCCUUUUCAGUCUUUUAUUUGUUCAGCAUUAGCCUGCUCCAUUGCAAAAGGAUGUUUGUAUUUCACCACAGUAGCCAGAAUGUCAUUCUGUGUUUUGAAAACACAUUAGGGAAAACUUCAGUUACUGUUUCUUUUGAUGUAGCUUCCUCACCAAAAGCGUUUGUUAAAAUUGUAAGGAACAAAUCACAUCAAUUUAACAAAGUUUCUUUCUGAAUAGCGAUAUAUAGGGUUUGUAUUAUAAAAACUUUAAACACUAUAGCAGGUAACAGCUGUAAUUGUGCGGGGUUUGUUUAAUGGGUUGUCCUUUCCUGUUACAGGUAAACUAGAAUACCUAAAUGCUUCCAUUCUUUCAGAAGUCAUCUAAUGAGGCUGAGAGGUUAGAAUCAGGAAUUUGAAGCAAGUGCUUAACAUCCCCUCCUGUGCACUAGGUGGGGUAUAAUCAAUAAGCAUUGAACCCACUGAACUAAACUAGCAAGCACUGUGUGGUAACUGCUGCUAUUGUGUAUGUGUGUUAAUUUAAUACUCGUUUGAAGUCAAUUACAAAUUGGCAAAAUUCUUCUAACUCUAGAUUUCAAUACAUUUUGAAAUUUGUUUGAUGUGGGGAGGAAAAAUGGGCUGGCAUUGGAAAUACAUUCAGUGAGAAGUUUAGGAAUUAUUUUCUAUAAUGUUAAUGAUCUUUUAACACUUCCUGGUCCUUUGCAUUUUAAUUUUUAUAAAUUAUUCUCUGUCAUCUAGAUAAUUUAAAAUGGUGCUUUUCAAUUAUUCUGUCUAAUAAAUCAGUUCACCUUCAA